CAUAACCUCACUUUUCCAACGCGUUAUCGCGUAAUUCGCGUAACACGGCGUUGAUAAAACGCGUGUUUUUAUUUUAAUAAAAAAAUGUGGAGAAUUUAUUGGAUAGAAACAUAGAAUAAACAAAAAUGAGUAAGUUAUAUGUUCUUUACGAACAUAGUGCGGGCUUCGCCCUCUUUCAAGUGGCGGAGUUCGAAGAACUGGCAGCGUUCCUGCCGCAAGUUGAGGAGUCUGUGACUGAUCUGCAGCGGUUCAACUCCGUGGUCACGCUCAUCGCGUUCCAGCCCUUCAAAUCAGCUAUCACCGCUUUGGAAAAUAUCAACGCGGUGUCUGAAGGUAUCAUACCCGAAGACUUGAACCUGUUUCUUGAGGGAGCAUUACCGAAACGCAAGAAGCGCGGAAAAUGCACUCUCGGAGUGGCCGAUCCCAAGCUUGGUGCUGCCAUCAGCGAGGCUCUGGAGAUUCAGUGCUCCCAUGUUGGGGCCGUUCCGGAGAUCCUAAGAGGAAUCCGUCACCAUUUCCACGCACUCAUCAAGGGCCUGACCCUCAAGGCCUGUUCCGUAGCCCAACUGGGUCUGGGCCACUCCUACUCGCGAGCUCGGGUCAAGUUCAACGUGCACCGAGUCGACAACAUGAUCAUACAGUCCAUCGCGUUGCUGGACCAGCUUGACAAAGAUGUCAACACUUUCUCUAUGAGAAUCAGAGAGUGGUAUUCUUACCACUUCCCAGAGCUGGUCAGCAUUGUCCCAGAGAACUACCUCUACACAAAAUGCGCCGAAUACAUCAAAGACCGCAAGUCGCUCUCGGAAGAGUCCGUCGAACCACUGACCGAGAUACUCGGAGACUCGGAGAAGGCUCAAGCUAUCCUGGAUGCCUCAAAGAUGUCAAUGGGCAUGGAUAUAUCCCCGGUCGACCUGAUUAACAUACAGAUGUUUGCUGAGAGGGUUGUCAAGCUUAGCGAUUACAGGAAACAGAUAGCAGAGUAUCUCCACACAAAGAUGAACUCCGUAGCACCGAACCUGACCACUCUGAUCGGCGACCAGGUCGGCGCUCGCCUCAUCUCCAAGGCCGGUUCUCUGACCAGUCUGGCUAAAUACCCAGCGUCCACUCUACAGAUCCUUGGUGCUGAAAAGGCGUUAUUCAGAGCCCUGAAGACUCGCUCAAACACCCCCAAAUAUGGUCUCCUGUACCACUCAACUUUCAUCGGUCGCGCUGGACUGAAGAACAAGGGCAGAAUCAGCCGAUACCUGGCCAACAAGUGCUCCAUCGCGUCCAGAAUUGAUUGCUUCUCUGAAUCCCAAACCACAGUCUUCGGAGAAAAGCUCCGGCAGCAAGUCGAAGACCGGCUGAAGUUCUACGAAACCGGCGAUAUUCCCAAGAAGAAUAUCGAAGUGAUGAAGGAGGCGAUGGAGGAAGCCCUGAACGCGACCCAGGAGCUGGAAGCCAGCGCCAAGAAGAAGAAAAAGAAGAAGAAGAAGAAGGAGGAAGCUAUGGAUGAGGAUUAGUGCCUUAGGUUACUUGUAGCAGGCAAAAUUACGUGUUAAAAUUGUUAUAGGACAUCCUACCAAUGUUAAGGUCCGCGCAGCUUAAAAAUCCGGCGGCGGCGCGUCGGUAUUUCUGCCCCGCGUGUGCGGCGUUGUGUUUUGUUUUUUUUUACGUUCGUAUAAUUAUAGGCUGCAAAACAUUACGCUCAUACUUAGCGAGAGCCUCGCCAGUAACGAAUUUUGGUUAAAGAAAACAUAUACAUUGACCCUUGAUUGCCCUCCACGCGCCGCACUAGGUUAACUUUUCAAACUCGUUUGUCUUUAUCUGUUAUAUUGACUUAUGUAUUUGUGACAAAGGGAUAAAACUCAAUUUAACUAUGGGGAUACAAAAAAAAAACAGUAAGGAGGGACUAAAAAUUAGAAAAGUAGGUAUUAAAAAUAAUUGUCGAAUAUAUAUAGGAAGUUUUAUUAUAAAGACGAAUAAUAAAAGCUACUAAGAAAAUAAGGAAGUCGUGUGAAUUAUAUUUUAUAAAAUAUAAUGACUGUGAGACAUUACACUGUGACUAUGUUAGGAUAGUAUAAUAUUUUAUUGUUAAGUACCUGUUUGCACAUGCAGGUAAUUUUGCUUGCUAGAGUAUUGAUACUUAUAAUUACAAAUUUUAUGUUUUUUUUUUCAUUAAUAAAGGUAUUAGUGUACCUA